AGAUUCCUCUUGGGGGGGCCACACUCAUCUGCCUCCACUUUCCAACUAGCAAAACUCCAUUUGGUGAAUUAUCAGCAUUCACGCAUAGCACCCUUUGGUUUUCUCUGUGCAACACAACUUCCUUUUCCACAGAGCAAAAAAUGGCUGAAGUAUUCCUUGGUGCUUUCGUUAACGUGCUAGUUGAUAGGUUAGCAUCCGGCGAUCUGUGGAACUUUGCACGUAAGGAGCGGAUUGAUACUCAGCUGACGAAAUGGAGGAGCAUGCUGGAACAAGUUCAGGCGGUGGUUGCGGAUGCUGAGGAGAAACAAAUCACCGAUCGGGAGACUAAUUUGUGGCUCUCCGAUCUUGAAGACUUGAGUUAUGAUAUGGAUGACGUACUGGACGAGUUCGCUACCGAAGCUUUGCGACGGAAGGUGAUGGAAGAGCCUCGAGCUAGAACCAGCAAGGUACGUAAACUCAUACCUAACUGCUGCACAAGUUUCAAUCCAAGCACUCUUGUGUCUGAUUUUAGAAUGAGGCCCAAGAUGGACGAGAUGAACAAGAUCACUGCAAGGUUGCAAGACCUUUUUAAUCGGAGAAUGGGGCUUGGCUUGAAGAACAUUGCUGCAGGGGGGUCUGGUAAAGCUCCUCAAAGACGACCCACUUCGCCUUUGAUAAUUGAGCCUUGUUUGUAUGGUAGGGAUAAUGAUAAAAAGGCGAUAAUAGAGUUGCUUAUGACUGAUCAAUCUGGUAGUAACAAAGUUGGUGUAGUCCCGAUUGUGGGUAUGGGUGGGGUCGGCAAGACCACCCUUGCUCAGAUGGUCUACAAUGACGAGAUGGUGGAUGAACAUUUUGAGAUGAAAGCAUGGGUCUGUGUAUCAGAAGUGUUCGACAUUGUAGGAGUGACAAAAGCUAUUCUUGAGUUUGUCACUAAAAGCCCGUGCGAAUUUAAAGCCUUGGCUCAAGUUCAAGAUGUGCUAAAAAAGGAAUUGGCUGGGAAAAAGUUCUUGAUUGUUCUUGAUGAUGUGUGGAACAAAAACCAUGGUGACUGGAGCAGUUUAAAGAGUCCUUUCAAUGAUGGGGCCCCGGGAAGUAAAGUCAUUGUAACAACACGCAAUAGUGAUGUUGCAUUUACAAUGGCUGGACCCAAUAAAUAUCACUCCCUAAAAGAACUAUCCGAGGAUGAGUGUUGGUCUGUGUUUGCACAACAUGCAUUUGAGGGUAGAAGUAUGGAUGCAAAUCAAAAUUUGGUUUCAAUUGGUAAGGAAAUUAUGAAAAAAUGUAAAGGUUUGCCUUUGGUAGCUAGGACACUCGGUGGCCUUCUACGGUGCAAGUUGACCGAAGAUGAAUGGAAAGGAGUAUUAAAUAGUAAACUAUGGGAGUUAUCAGAAGAGGAAAGUCACAUUCUUCCAGCUUUGAGAUUAGGUUACUAUCACCUCCCUUCGCAUUUGAAGAAGUGUUUUGCAUAUUGUUCCAUUUUGCCAAAGGAUUACGAAUUUGAGGAGGAGGAACUAGUUUUCUUGUGGAUGGCAGAAGGCUUAAUUCCGAAGCAAACAGGGGGAAGGCAAAUGGAAGAUCUUGGUUGUGAGUACUUCCAUGAAUUGUUAUCGAGGUCAUUUUUUCAAUCAUCAAACAGUGGUGAACAAUUUGUUAUGCAUGACCUCAUCAAUGAUUUGGCUCAAUUUCUUGCAAGAAAAACUUGUUUUAGGCUAGAGGAUAAGCUGAUCAAAGAGAAUGAAGGAGAUGAAAGUAUCAGUAAGGCUCGGCAUUCAUCCUACUCACGUGGGUAUCGUGAUGGCAUAAAGAAGUUUGAGGCCUUUAAGAAAGCCAAAAAUUUGAGGACAUUUUUACCAUGUGGGCCUAGAUAUGAAUAUGGGUCCUACUUGACUAGUGACGUUCCCCUUCAUCUAUUACCUUGUCUCAAACGUUUACGUGUGCUUAGUUUGCAAAGAUAUCGAAUAGGUGAACUUUCCAAUUCGAUUGGGGAUUUGAAGCAUGUGAGGUACCUUGACCUUUCAUGUGCCUUGGUUUUAAUGUUACCAGAAUCAAUAGGCACUCUCUACAACCUACAAACGCUAAUUUUGAGAGAUUGUAAAAAUCUUAAGAAGUUGCCUGCAAACACUAGUGACUUGAUUAGUUUGCGUCAUCUUGAUGUUACUGGUGCACAUUCCUUACAAGAAAUGCCACCAAAAAUAGGAAAAUUGACAAGUCUCCAAACUUUCUCAAACUUCAUUGUUGGCAAUGGCAACGGGUCCAUGAUAACUGAGCUGGGCAGCCUGAUUUAUCUUAGAGGGACACUUAGCAUAUCAGGGUUGGAGAAUGUGACAGAUGCUCCAGAUGCGAGGAGGGCCAUCUUGAAGGAUAAACAAGGUUUAAAUGUGCUAAGGAUGGAGUGGAGUAACAUCUCGGAUAAUUCUCACAACGAAAAUGUUGAAUCACAAGUGCUUGAUAUGCUAGAGCCUCACAAGAAUUUAAAAGAUCUUUCCAUUAAUGGUUACGGUGGCUUCACAUUCCCAAAUUGGAUUGGGAAUUCCUUGUUCUCCAACAUUGUCUGCUUGAAGUUCCAAAAUUGUGAAAAAUGCACUUCCUUGCCACCUUUGGGGCAGUUACCCUCACUUGCAAAACUCUACAUUCAAGAAAUGAAGGCGGUAGGUAAUGUUGGACUUGAGUUCUAUGGCUUGGGUUGCUCAAAUCCUUUUCCAGCUUUGGAGAUUUUAACCUUCAAAGACAUGCCCGAAUGGAAAGAGUGGACUUCUUUCGGAGUUGAGGAGGGAGCUCAAGCAUUUGCUCGGCUAUCAGAGCUCUCCAUUAAAAGAUGUCCCAAGCUUUCGCACGAGUUGCCAAGAAAUCUUCCUCGGUUAAGACAUCUGGAUAUUGAGGAGUGCCCGGCGUUAGUGGUUGCGUGGAUCCCAAACCCUCAAGAACUGAAUGAAGUGAGAAAUAUGCUUCACUUUGAUUCACUCGUGUCUUUGCAUCUAUCAAAUAUUUCGAUUGCCGACUCCAUGGGUAGUUCAGAUGUUUCGAUAGCCGACUCCUUGGGUAGUUCAGAAGUUGGUGAUCAAGUAGUGCUAAGAAACUCAAGUCAUAGCCUCUUGAGCUCGCUGACUUCCCUGAAUUGGGUUUUCCAAGGGCUGACGGGACUCCAAGAAUUAUUUCUCUGCGGUUUCGAAGAACUCACAACAUUGUGGGAGGAUGAGGUGAGACUACAAAACUGUCUCCCUGCCCUCCGACGUCUCACUAUUGUAGUCUGCCCCCAACUUAUUUCCUUGUUUGCAGGAGGAGAAGAAAGAGAUAACCUCAAAUCUCUUCAAGAGCUUUUCAUCUCCCGGUGUCCAAGCCUCACCUCUUUCCCUGUCUUGCCGUCUACGCUGAAAGAGUUGCAUAUUCAUAACUGUGAUGGGCUGGUGUCCCUGCCUGAUUUGACGUUGCUUAAUAAUCUUGAGAAGCUGUACCUUUUGUCCUGUCCAUCCCUGCCGUGCUUAAGUUCCGGAAGUGGGCUCCCGCCCGCUCUCAAAGAACUGACGAUUAAUAGGUGUGCAGAGCUAAAGUCGCUAAUAGCAGAGGAGGGGAUUAAGAUCAACUGUCCAUCUCUUGAAUCUGUUAAGAUCUGGGGUUGUAAUCGCCUCAAUACCCUACCAGAUGUCAUGCAAAGUAAUAAUGGUCUCAAGAAUCUCAGUCGAGUGGGGAUAUGGAACUGUAAGAAUCUAGAGUCCCUUCCGGAAGGAUGGUUUCCCACAACCAAUUUCAGGUAUUUUAAUAUCUAUAGCUGCGAGAAACUCGAGCCCCUUCCAAACCACGCGUACAACAACCGCCUCGCUUCUGUUGAAGAGCUGUCCGUAGGUGGUUUUCCUGCGGGUACAGGACUCCUCUCCCGCAUUCUGGAUGAAGGAAGUUCCUCCAACUUUACCAACCUCACUAAACUUACCAUCUAUGAUGUCGACAUCGGUAAGCUGUGUGGCUUGCACCGAUUGUACUCUCUCAGAGAACUCUCCCUCGAGAAUUGUGAUUGGGUGUCCUUUCCAGAAGAUGGGAUGUUGUCGUUUCCCUCCUCUCUAGUCGAACUGCGCAUCCAGAGCUUCCCAAAUCUGGAGAAGCUAUCUUUGAAGGACUUUGAAAUUCUCGUCUCUCUUGAACGACUUGAAAUCAGAAAUUGCCCCAAGCUCACGUCUAUUUCAGAGCCAAGACUGCCUCCCUCGCUUUUGAAAUUGUUCAUCGAGUGGUGCCCCAAGCUUGCAUCGUUUCCGGAGCAAGGGCUGCCUCCCUUGCUUUCGGAUUUGUGUAUCUCUGGCUGCCCCGAGCUCGCAUCGUUUCCGAAGCAAGGGCUGCCUCCCUCGCUUUCUGAUUUGGUUAUCUAUAAAUGUCCCAACUUCGCAUCGUUUCCGGAGCAAGGGCUGCCUCCCUCGCUUUUGCGUUUGCGGAUCAUAGAAUGUCCGAUACUGAAACGACAAUGUGAAAAGAGGAAAGGCCCAUAUUGGAGCUUCAUUGCACACAUUCCUGAAGUCGAGAUAGACCAUAGAUUCGUCUUUGACCCAAGCAGCUAAUGGCCCAGGUUUGUUAACUUCCCC